UCACGUGACAAUCAGUAAACGUCACAUGUCAACAUGGCUGCCGCUGUCUCCAGCGAACAUUUCGAGAACUUGCAGCUUCUUUUGAAGGCUCCGUCUAAAGACGCAGUGAGGGACGUUUGUGUUCAGAGUCACAGAGGUCCGAGUCGCCGGCUGACAGAAACCACAGCAGCGACGCUCAGCAUCCCUGCGGCUCAGGCUGCACAGCUUGUCCAGUCUCUCCACAUUCUGUCUCAUCACGUCCUCUUCCACAACCUCAGCUCUCCUGAGCAGAUCCUCCAUCUCUUCCCUGAAUCUUUCCACUCCAGCCUGAAGAACCUGCUCACCAAGAUCCUGCUGGAGAACAGUCCAACAUGGAGAACAGAAGCUGUCAGUAAUCAGAUCUCUCUCCCCCAGUUGAAGGAGCUGGACUGGAGAGUCGACAUGGUAACGGGCUCAGACUCAGUCAGUCGUAUGUCCGUCCCGACCUGCAUGGUUCAGUUCAAGAUGGAGGAUCCGUGUCAGUCAGCGGGCGGUGAGUCGGUUUCCACGGUGACGGUGGAGCUGAGCAGGGAGUCCCUGGACACCAUACUGGACGGACUGGGACGCAUCCGCGACCAGCUGUCUGUGGUCGCUGGGAAAUGAGGACUCUAACCUUCCCCCCGAGACAGCUGAUUGGCUUGUUCAUGUAAUGACAUCACAUCUCUGUUAAUGGACAUUUUUUACAGACGGAUGUGUUUGGACUGAAAACUGUUUAAAUCUACAUAUUGGACCAAAAUGUUGAUUUAUUUUGUUUUUCCUCCUGAAAGUUUCUCUUGUCAAGUUGGAAGAAGUUGGUUUUCAUCAUCACUGAUAAACUAAUUACAAUGAAUCGAGUUAGUGGACUAACAGACAAAAUAAUCAAGUACAAUUUUUAAUAAAUGAUUUAUUGUUUAAUUCUGUCUUUGAGUAAAAAUAUAGAAUGAAAACUGCAAAAACAUAAAAACAUUGCAAUUCUUUGUGUCUUAUUAUUUACUGGCUGCAGAUCGAAGAAUAUCUGGCAACUUGUGAUGAACCUUUGUCAUUAUUUUGACAUUUAGUAGAUUUAAUAAUUAAUCAAAAGAAUAAAAAGAGGUCAAAACAUGAA